GGAAGUGAGUGGGCAGCUGUGUGACAGUACAGGGAGAGGGAAAGCAACAGCUGGAACCGCUGGUUGGUGAGGAGCAGGGAAGCCCCGCCCUCAUCCAGAUGUGCGCCUCUCUCCUGGCUCUUCAGUCCACUGUUGGCUUCAGCAGAGUGUGGAAGCUCGAGAAGUCAAUAAGGUACGGACAGCAAACAAGGAGAAACUGGCUCCCGUAGCUGCGUCUACACCUGCCAAAUCCUACUCCACCUAGUGAAUAAGGCUUGAGUCGCGCUUCGGAAUUUUCCCGGUGAGUUUUUUGUUCACCUGCAGGCAGCCUCAGCGGCAGGGCUGACGGAGAGAGACAGGGCUCAGUGCGAUGCCAGUCCGGAGCACGGAGCACGGAGCACAGAGCCGCAUUCAGCGCAGAGCACGCUGUGCUGACGGGGAGCGGUCUGCACGCACGACCUGUGUGAAUUCUCAGUCGGGUUUUUAGAAGUGUUUCGAGCGCUUUAUCUGCAAGAAAAAACUCGUGGAAAAACGAAACAAACCCAUUCAGGAUUUGUUGUUUUUGACGAGUGAAGGGGAUGUAACCGGUUUCCACAUGCGUCUAGAAGUGGUGUGAGGUUUACUCCAGACUGAGAAGAGCAAACUGCAGGGACGUGUAGUUAAUUGAAAUCGAUCCAGCGGUCUCUCUUUUGAAUGUGAAACAGCAGCAGAGGUUUUAUCUCCUCUCCUCUCCUCCUCCCCCUCCUCUUACCUUCAACAUGACUUCACUGUCGGGGACCAAGGAGAGGUCUGUGAGCAGCAGGAGCAGAAAAUUUGGGAUGCCCGACACGUCACCAACCAAAUCUGCCUCCUUUUCCCCCGACACAUGGUACCGAAAAACCUAUGAGGAAACCACCCGGUCCAGCACGCGCCCUGCCCCAGAGGGUGCUGGCUCCAUGCCAAGCUCUACAGGCACUCCUUCCCCAGGCUCGGGAAUCUCCUCACCAGGGUCCUUCUCUGGAUCACCGGGGACCAUCUCUCCCGGGAUUGGGACAGGAUCGCCUGGUUCUCUAGGUGGCUCCCCAGGUUUUGGUACUGGAUCACCAGCUUCAGGCAGUGGAAGUUCCCCUGGUAGUGAAAGAGGGAUAUGGUGUGAGAACUGCAGUGCAAGGCUGACGGAGCUGAAAAGACAAGCACUGAAACUGCUCAUCCCUGGACCUUACUCCAGCAAGGAUCCUUCCUUCUCUCUCCUCCUCCAUGAUAAACUUCAGGUGCCCAACAGUUCUCGGCGGGCAUGGAAUGAGCGUGACAGUCGCUGUGAUGUCUGCGCCACUCACCUCACUCAGCUCAAACAGGAAGCUGUGCACAUGGUCCUCACUCUCGACCAGUGGGAUUUGUCUCCCACCUCAUCUCCUCCUGCCCUGACUGGACGAUAUGGAUCUCAAGGGCCUCCUGGUCCAAUGGGAGCAUCCGGAACACCUGGAGUACCUGGAGGUUCUGGAUCACGGGAUUGGCCUCCUCCUUUUCUCCCUUCCUCCUCAUCUGCUGCUGCAGCUUCACAUCCUCCUCACCAGUCAUCCCAGUCACCUUCUCCAAGUCCCAGCCAGACCCCAGCGCCCAGUCUGAGCAAUGGCCCAUUCAAUCCAAGCCAUGGGAGUCCCUCAGUGGCACAAACAUCCAGCUGUGCUCCCAUAAACCCACAACCUCAAGGACCAGGGCACAAACUGGGGUGCAAGCCAAGCUCCCUGGGGCUGGGAGGUGGGGUUGACAGAAGGAAUGGAUCCCCCAGUUCAGGAAAAGCAGCUGCUGCCCAACAGCAGGCAGUGAUUGGAGUGAACAGCCCCAGUAAUAAUAGUGGCAACAGCAGUAACAAUGGGAGUGGGGCAGUUCUGAGUACAGCAGCUCUGCAGGCCCAUCAGCACAUGAAUCGAACUAAUGGAGGAGUUACCCUAUAUCCAUACCAGAUCUCCCAGAUGAGCUCCGAGGCCUCCAGAGAAGGAUUGACUGAAGCUGCCAAUCACAUUCACACACAAACUCGCCCUCUCACACUGUGGCUGCAACAACCACCUCCGAGCACCACCUCUGCAGCUGCCUCUUUCUUUGCCAGAGCUGCACAAAAGCUAAACUUAGCGUCCAAGAAGAAGAAGCAGAAGACCACCACAGUCACAGCGCCAGUGACGUCAUCAUCACCAUCCUGUGACCCCCCUCUGUUCCCCACCAACUUCACCUCUGCCCUGUCAGUGGCUCCCCCUCCGGCUCCACCCUGCCUUCUCCGUGCAGCCAAUAAGAUCAAAGAUACGCCAGGGCUGGGAAAGGUGAAAGUGAUGGUCCGUGUGUGCCCAGUGUCUCAGUUGGAUGCAGCCGAGUCCAGCUCCUUCCUUAAAGUGGAUUCUAGGAAGAAACAGAUCACCAUCAUGGACCCGUCAGCCAAUCAGAUACCGAGCGCUGCCUCCCAGAAAAGAGCAGGUGCCAAUCAGGUCCCUCCGAAGAUGUUCACGUUUGAUGCUGCAUUCCCUCCUGAUGCAUCACAGGCGGAGGUGUCCGCGGGAACCGUUGCUGAGGUGAUUCAGUCAGUGGUGAACGGAGCAGAUGGCUGUGUCUUCUGCUUUGGACACUCCAAGCUGGGUAAAUCGUACACAAUGAUUGGCCGAGACGACUCUCUUCAGACUCUGGGUAUCAUCCCCUGUGCCAUCUCCUGGUUGUUUAAGCUCAUCAAUGAAAGGAAGGAGAAAACAGGAGCACGAUUCUCUGUUCGCGUCUCCGCAGUUGAGGUUUGGGGAAAAGAGGAGAACCUUAAAGACUUACUGUCUGAAGUGGCUACAGGCAGCUUACAGGACGGACAGUCACCUGGAGUGUAUCUAUGUGAGGACCCCAUCUGUGGCAUGCAGCUCCAGAACCAGUCUGAACUACGUGCACCAACCCCAGAGAAGGCAGCCUGGUUUCUGGAUGCAGCCAUAGCAGCUCGCCACAGUAGCCAACGCCCCAGCACCACCGAAGAAGAACAUAGGAACUCACACAUGCUGUUUACAUUACACAUAUACCAGUAUCGCAUGGAAAAGACAGGCAAAGGAGGGAUGUCAGGAGGUCGCAGUCGCCUCCACCUACUGGACCUGGGAAGCUGUGAUGUCAAAGUACUUGGAGGAGGAGGAGCAAGUGGGAAAAACAGGGAGAACUCCUCACCCAGCUCAGCUCCCCUGUGCCUUUCUCUGUCUGCCCUCGGCAAUGUGAUCCUGGCCCUGGUCAACGGGAGCAAACACAUCCCAUACAAGGACAGCAAGCUGACCAUGUUGCUAAGGGAGUCGCUAGGCAACAUGAACUGCCGGACCACCAUGAUUGCUCACAUCUCUGCCUCACCCAGAGACUUCUCAGAAACCCUUUCCACAAUCCAGAUUGCUUCUCGUGUCCUGCGCAUGAAGAAGAAGAAAACUAAAGUCACUGUGCAAUACACCUCCAGCUCCUCCGGAGGAGAGAGCUCCUGCGAGGAGGGCCGCAUGCGUCGUCCGACCAAUCUGCGGCCUUUCCAUCACCGUGGUGACGCUGACUCUGACCUUCCGUUGCUGCGCCUCUCCAGUGACCCUGACGAAUAUUCGAGCAGUGAGCAGUCUUGUGACACAGUGAUCUAUGUGGGCCCAAAUGGGGCUGCAGUGUCAGAUAGAGAGCUGACGGACAAUGAGGGACCACCAGAAUUUGUGCCGAUUAUUCCCGCAUUGCUUCUUGGAAAAACAUCAGAGCAGCAUCAAUCAAAAAACCAGACAGCUGGCGCUCAAAACAAGGUGCAGUCUCAGCCAGAGGACCAGCCCAGUGGCCCUGCUCAGCCCCUGCCCCAGCCCUCUCAGUCAUUGCUUGGGCAGCCGCUGGCUCCGGUCCCAGAGGAGGGAGCUGAGUGCCUGAAGUGCAACACCUUUGCUGAGCUGCAGGAGAGACUGGACUGUAUUGAUGGCAGUGAGGAGGUGGCAAAGUUCCCCUUUGAAGAGAUUCCAGUGUGUAAACAAGGUACCAAACCAGUGCCAUGUCCAUCUUCAGCUGCCCCGACCUCAGCUCCUGUUGCUGUGUUGGAUACAGAAACCAAAAUAGGCUCAGCAUGUGCAGUAGGAGGUGCCGUGCAGUUCUCCUACUCCUCAGCAGCAGCAGAGUCUAGGAGGAGGACAAAUGACCAACAGUUGCAGGAGAUUAAGGAGGUGGUGGAGGAGGCGGAGCUGGCCCAGACGAUGAUCCACAGCCUGGCUCAGAACUCUGGAUCCCCCAUAGUUACUAGUAGCAGGAGCGUCACAGGAAGCAGCAGUAUCAGUUCCAACCCCCUGCACAGGGCCAAGAGCUUCCAUCUGCAUGACAGUCAUGAGAGUUUGAAUAUGGGCAGUAACACUGAGGGGAAGGGACGCCCACUAGGAUCACCACGUCUUGGCAUCGCCAGCCUCGCCAGAACCUCAGACUACAGACCUCCGUCCUCCCCAUCUCAGCGGUGUAAAGUGUACACCCAGAAGGGUGUGAUGCCGGCAGCACCCCCUCUGCCCUCACACACUCUGGCUCAGGACGGCCAGGCCACUGACACUUUGACCUCAGACAACAGUUUGGCUGCAGACAGUGGCCGUUCCUCCACAGAGUCCCCGCUGUCCAGAACUUCUCCUGUGGGCUUGAGCCCACAAGUCCGAGAGCCAACUCCCUCUCUGUCUGCCAGCCUGGGCUCGGCUGAGACACUCUGUGAUGAUGACGUCCCACCGAUACCCAUGGACACGCACAAGGAUGUCUCAGGACAAGCAGUAUCUGUAUCUCUGGGAACAGUUGGGGAGGAUAAACUAGUGUACACUAUGAUGUCUGGAGGUGAGGAGGACCUUAAUAUCGCAGGUCUCAUGGAGACUCAGAGCCUUACCUGCCGUCCGACAAGCAUCAUCAGCUUCAACAGUGACUGUGACUCUGCCGCUGCUCUUGCUUCAGGCUCAGGCAGUCGUACUGCUGAGGAAGGAGCUGCAGAAGAUUAUUCCAUGCCUGCAGGUCUGGCAACAACCGCAGGGAUCACAGAGGUUGUUGCUAUGGCAGAGGUGGCAAUGUCUAAACUGUGGAUGGAAGGUGAAGCCUUAGCCACGGUGAUGUCUAACUGUGGUUCACCUGCCUCUUCCUGGAUGAGUGAUCUGAGCAUGAGCAGUGAAGCCGAUCAGUCUCUCCACAGCUUCAGUCAGUCCCAGAGCCAGCAAGGGGAGGCCCUGGCUGAACCAGAACCCAACCAAAGCUUUGGAGUUGAGGGGCUGUGCAGUUAUGAAAGCUGUGGGAUCCAGAGAAGAGGGAGUUUGGAAGAAAAUGGGAGUGAAAAGGGAACUCCCACCAAAGACAGGCUGAGGAAACUGCCUCCCUCCAUGGCUAAAACUAACAUUCAGAUUCUGGCAGGACCUGGGAACCUCUCUCCUUUAAAGAGCACCAUCAGUGUUCACCCAUGUGUGGCUGUCAAACCCAUGAUGAUACAGGAACCAACCAUCCUCUCCUCACCUACAAAGAAUAGCUUAAUCAAAGACACAGGCAAAUUUAAUGCACCACUUUUGGCGUCUAUUUCUAGUGAGAUGAGCUUUGAAGACCCCUGGCUGAAGCGUGGCGCGGAGGGUGGGGGGUCCACAGAGCUUGUGUGUGAAGCGAAGCCAGAGAACAGGGAGCCAGAGCAGUUAAAGAACCACUCAGGGGAGAAGGCUCAAACUGGGAAUGGCGACCACCGGAGCACCUACAGGGAUGGAAGGGAUCACGGCAGCUCUAAUUCAGGUGGUGAGGUUGCGUCAUCUCCAGAUUUCUUUAAGAGAGUGGUGGAUGGUUGUGAGAUGGUCGCUGUUGGUGCCCAGGGAGAGUGUCUGACUAGUAUCUACAGCGCAGAUAUCCACCGUACUGCCAGUCUUCCCCGUGGAUGGCACCGUCUCAACCGCCAUGACGGCUUAGAUAAUGUAAUCGAUUACUGUAAUCUUGGUGUCACCACUUCAACUCCCUGUAGUCCCCGCACUACACUUGACCGUCGGGGAUCAACUGGAAAACAGGGUUUUUUCUCCCACAAGAAAGGGGGAAUCCCACCUCUGCCACCGGUACGAAAGUCCAGUCUGGACCAGCGCAACAGGGCAGCCAGUCCCCUCCACCAACCCAGCCAUGGAGUCUCAUUACUGGGCAGCUUAGUGGAUGAUGCAGGGAUAUCUGGAUAUAGCCCCAGACAACGAGGUGCCAGCAUAGACAGCAGUAGGCUUUUCAGCGCCAAGUUGGAACAGCUUGCCAACAGAACCAACUCUCUGGGUCGGGUCCCCAGCUCCCACAGUGGUUCCCACCACUACGAAUGCUUCUCUCUGGAGAGAGGCGAGAGCCUGAGAGGGGUAGGAGGAGAAGUGAGGGGGGACAGCACCAUGCCACGUACUGGACGCAGUCUCACCCGCGCUGGAUCGGUAUCUUCUUCUACUGGAAACACCACCAGCCCCAGUUUCAGUACCAGUCCCGGUCCAAGCAGUGCUCCACAGUCACCAGCCAAAACCAGUGGCCAGUCAAAGAUCUCAGCAGUCAGUAAGCUGCUGAUGACCAGCAGUCCCAAGACCAGGAGCCUGUCUGCAUCCAGCACCAAGACACUGAGCUUCUCUACCAAGUCUUUAAGCCAAGCUACCAGCCGCAGCUCCAGCCUUCCUCCUAAUGGAAAGCCCCAGAACUCAGUCCAGGGCCCUCUGCAGCAGCAGUGUUCCCCUGGACACUGGUCUACCCAGUCUCUGAGCCGCAGUCGAGGAGGGAGCCUGGCGGCCAAGCUGCCUCUCCGGGCUGUCAACGGUCGAAUCUCAGAGCUCCUCCAGGGAAGUACAGGAUCCCGGUCCAGGAGUCAAUCCCAGGGUGGAGGCACAGAUUCUGGGGAGGAAAGAGGCAUUGGAGGGGCAAGUAGCUGGGGAGCUGCAGCAGGCGGUGGUGGAGGAGGAAGUCCGACAGAAGAGAAGGCCACCGCUGUCCAAACACUGCCCUCUCCCUACAGCAAGAUCACCGCUCCCAGAAAACCACACCGCUGCAGCAGCGGUCAUGCCAGCGACAACAGCAGCGUACUGAGUGGCGAGCUCCCCCCGGCCAUGGGGAAGACAGCCUUGUUUUACCACAGCGGAGGCAGCAGUGGCUAUGAGAGCAUGUUGAGAGACAGCAGUGAGAACACAGGAAGUACCUCCUCCGCUCAGGACUCCCUUAGUGAGCACAGCUCGGCCACCACCUCCUCAAGACGCAGCUCUAAGAGCAGCAAGAAGAGCAGGAGCACCACAGGCCUCCAGCGUCGUCGUCUGAUCCCAGCACUGACCUUGGAUUCAUCCUCCUCCUCACCUUCUCACCGCUCCUCCAAACAGGCCAUCACCUCCUCUUCUUCCUCCUCCUCUAGCCCAGGUGCAUGCUGGGUAGAUGGCCCACUGGGGCCCCCAGCUCCUUCAAACCUCCGGGGCACGACUGCAACAACAGAAACCUUUGAGAUCAAGGUUUAUGAGAUAGAUGAUGUUGAGCGGCUACAGAAGAGGAGAGACAAAGGAGGGAACAAGGAGGUGGUGUAUGUCAGUGCCAAGCUCCGUCUGCUGGAGCACCGCCAGCAGCGAAUCAGUGAAGUCAGAGCCAAGUACCAGUGUCUGAAGAAAGAACUGGAACAAACCAAACAGUACCUGAUGCUGGAGCCACACAAAUGGACCACAGAGUUUGAGCUACAGCAGGCCUACGAGGUGGACUCACUGGAGUAUUUGGAAGCUCUGGAGACAGUGACGGACAAACUGGAGACGAGAGUCAACUUCUGCAAAGCGCAUCUCAUGAUGGUCACCUGCUUCGACGUGUCCUCGAGACAUCGGUAGACACGGGGGUGAGGUGUGGUGGGGGUGGGGGUGCUGAAGGACGGAGAAGUGGACCUUCAGGGUCAAACAGGCCAACAGAAAGACAAGAUUUUUGUGCUGGGGCUUGGGAAAAACCUCAGAACCAGACAUUCAAAUGGACAGGUUACUUAGCUUUGGAUAAAUAUGGCUGCUCAGGAGGCAGACGAACCAAUGGAUGUGAGUCUGAAAAGAAAAACAAGUGGCCAAAUUUUCCCAGAGAAAUGAAUAACUGGAGAAAACUGGGAGUUUAACAAAAACCUUUUUUAAAGAAUAUAGGACAAAGAAGAGGAGCAGGAGUAGAGUAGAACAACUUCUCAUCUCCCAUGUUUUUGGAGGGGCACGCUUCAGAGCCACUGACUGUAGCUACAGAGAGCUGACUACAGAAAGGCCUGGUUUUGUCUCCUGACCAAGACAAAGGACUAAAAUGAUUUAGACAAGUGCCUUGUGAACAUUUCAACAAUACCAAGACCAGUUCUCUUUCUCUCUGAAUUUGUGUACAUGCAGUAAGUAUGGUGCUAGCAUAGAAAACCCCCCCACAGAAGAUCAGUGUCCUUGAAAAAUCUUUGAAUGUAUAGCCAUUACUAAAUGUGAUGUUUUACUGUGGGUCAGUGUUUUACUAUUAUGAACAAAGUAAUACUGUAUGUUUGGGUUGUAUUUGGUACAAUGAUGAGAGAGAAGACUAAAUUGAAUCUAUUGGAUCCCUGACUAACAAGAAAACCUAAAGCAACGUGAAGACAACCGUCAUGUUCGCUUUAAAGCAGCAAAACUGAAUUUGAAAAUGAUUUUUCCAGGACACAGAGUUAUGUGUUCAAACAGAAAACAAAACACGAAGGCAAGUUUAUUGUGAUGUUGUUUUUACCUUGACUUUACUUGCAAACUGCACAUCUGAAUUUUCUGGGACAUACGUGUUCUCCCUGAUGCAGAUGUGAUGGUGAUGACAUGUCUGAGCCAUACAGGAGUGGACAUGAACACACUUUUCUGUGAUCAGAUAUUCAGUACAUCCGUCAGCUGCUUGUCUGACACGACUGCCUGUUGCUUGUAUCUCUGUUGUUCUAAAAGAAACAUGAUUUGUCAAUGUGUGUGUGUGUUUUAUAAUAAGGUAUCCUUUUUUAUUUGAGCGCAAUGGGACCAUGUAGAGACCAUGUAUGAUAGUAGGAUGAUGGGCAUAGGUAUAAAGAACAUAUUUAAGAGUAAAUUUUGAGGAAGACACAAGACCACUGAUAUGCAUUGUUCAAAUUUCAUCUAUUUAAAAUUUCAAAGUAGUGAAAUUAGACUGGAAAUUUUUAUCUGGGACUACAAUUAUGGUUACAAAUGGUCAGUUUAGAUAGUUCCAGUAUAAGGAACAAUUAAAAUAUAUAGAGAGUAUAUAUAUAAUAACGAAUUAAAAAGAGGUAAAGAAGACAAAUCUCUGCCUGGUUCCAUUUUUUGGACAGAUAGCAACACUCAGUAUUUGUUAAUAUUAUUAUCGAUGGUGCUCGAGAUGUUUAUGAUCUAAAUGUUUGUAUAAAUAUAGUAUAAUAAAGAGCCUGUUUCCUUAUGAAAUACAGAACAAUUCCCUUUGAAUGCUUCUUCUCCAUUGCUCUCAACCUCACCACUGGCUCCUCUGAACACCGUCUGCCCCAAGCAGAGAGCAUUCUGGGAGAUCCUGUUUGUUUUCUGAGAGGUAAAAGAAUGAAUAGACAUCACAGGAGUGGAAAAGCUCUGAAAUCGGUACGAUUUGUUGUGCUAAAUUUAUCUGUUUGUUAGUAGAUCAAACUCGGUUUUUAUUCUCCCGGCUGGACUGACACAUGAAGAAGAAAUGUCUUUAAAUGUUCACAGUCACUGAUUUCAUGUGGUUCGCACCUGCAGUGAGACAGCCAUGAGACGAGCCAGUGAGAAAUUACCCCAGACGCUUUUUGCCCCGUGAAGUGUUUUCACCAAAGUUCACCCUGUGACAGCUCCAAUUAUUUCUUUUUACCUCCCAGGUCAUCAUGCAAGUCAUGAAUGAAGUUUUUAUUUAUUUCAGCAGAGUCACUUAUUAAUGUUCUUAUUUAUUUACACCUUAUUGUAAAAGAUUACUAUGCAUUUAAGAAAAAAUAACUGUACAUAUUUUGCUCAUAUCCAUACCAUAUAUAAAUAUAUACAGUACACCUAUCACAUAUGCGCUCAUCCUUAUUUUAUAUAUAUAUAUAUAUUGUUGAUUUCAUUUGCUCCUGUUGUUCCUGUUGGGUUUUUCAUGAGUUUGGGUUUCUUAAAACAUUCACAUCCAAGGCAGUUAUGAGGUUCUAGCACCAGAGGAAAUUCUGCUGAAUAAAUGCAGAAAAAAGUAAAAAUCAUGGUUCAUUUUUUUUUUACAUGGAAGAAAAAGGUAUUUAGUAUAAAGGCAGCUGUGUUGUUUUAAGUGAAAUGCCAGUAUUUUCUGCAGUAUUAACUAAAGCCUUGUGUAAUUAGCAGUGAGUGCUUUGGGAACCCCAACCUCUGGAUGAGCUGAAUUGCUUGUGCUUGUUUCCAGAUUUAAGAUGCUAUGUGUGAGGUUUCCUCCCUGAUACGUCACUGCCAAAUGUACUGUGGUAGCACUUUAUAAUUCUAGCAAUAAUGCUGAGAAACACCUGCGGUUUUAGUGGCCCUGUAUUGUUUACAGCCAGCGUAACAGUCCACAGAAACAUUUCAGGAAUAAUGGUUCCUUUUUCAUUAGAGACAACUGUGCUAAAAUAGACACACUGUUGUCAGGUGCUUAAAAUGACACCACCAUCUGUCAGGUCAGGUUGUAGGAUGAAUCGACACUAUGUUAGAAUUAUAAUGUGUUAUCUGGAAAACAGACACAUAGCAUCUUCAUAAAGAGUAUUGUGUGUUACAGUCUGGGUCAGAUCACAUUUCAAAAAACAGAUUUUAUCAGCAGCAGUAUGAGACACUUUUAGUUCAGCUCAGCUUUUCAAGGUCUGGUGUUCAGGAUGCUGUUUGUGCAUCAGUUGAAAGUGUCAAUCAGAAUUACCCAGGGUUACAGACACAUGAGCAGUGCAAAUUUUCCACUGUGUGUUUGCCAUAAAAGGUACGAUUCAGGACUGUGGUCAUACUGCAGAUUUACUGUUUCUGAAAAAUGUGGUCUGACACAAGAUGGACGGAUGUAAAUAAAGGAAUGUAUGGAAGAAAUUUGACAUCUGACUCUUCAUUGUCUGAACACAAAACAGUCACAACGCCAUCUACACAUCUGACCUGUCCCGGUUAAAUACCCACAUUUUGUAUUACGACUGGACAGGUCGCCAGUCUAUCACAGGGCUGACAUGUAGAGACAAACCACACACACCCACGCUCACU